AGUGAGCGCGAAUUCGAUCACUGGUCCGGUGGUCCUUCCCAUCAGUGGUGCUGUGUGCUGCUGCCGUGAACCAGUUUCGUUUCUCUGAGUGGACGAUUUGGUGGCCAAGAUGUCUGAAAGAAGAAGCGGCUCCGUCGGUGGGAACCCCAAGAAACGGAGCAGACCGGAGGACGAGGAUGAAGAGGAUGUUGAUGAGCAGGAAGACGUUGGUCUGAGCAGACAGUUGCAGUGUGCCAGUGAGGUGGUGAGUGAUGCAGGGAUUGUGGAAAGCAUCACGCUGAAGAACUUCAUGUGCCACUCGCUCCUUGGCCCGUUCACCUUCGGUUCUAAUGUCAACUUUGUUGUCGGCAACAAUGGAAGUGGAAAGAGUGCCGUUCUGACAGCUCUGAUAGUUGCCUUAGGCGGGAAUGCACAGGCCACAAACAGAGGAUCGUCCCUCAAGGGUUUUGUGAAGGAAGGAGAAAGUUCAGCUGACGUAUCGAUCACCUUGCGUAACAAAGGAAGGGAUGCUUACAAACCUGAGGUGUACGGUCCAGCCAUCAUCAUAGACCUGAGAAUAACACGUGAGGGGCUGAGAACCUACAAACUGAGAGGCAAAUCAGCUCAGGUCGUCUCAACCAAAAAGGAAGAGCUCAUUUCCAUCCUAGACAAUUUCAAUAUUCAGGUCAACAAUCCUGUGUCAGUGCUCACUCAGGAGAUGAGCAAAUACUUCCUACACUCUAAAGGAGAGGGGGACAAGUAUAGGUUUUUUAUGAAAGCGACUCAACUUGAACAGAUGAGAGAGGACUUUGUGUACAUCAAAACCACAAAGCAUGUCACCGAGGAUAAAGUGGAGCAACACGGUGAAUGCUUGAAGGACCUGAAGCGGAAGUACCUGGAGAAAGAGGACCGUUACAAGAGCCUGGGAUCGCUUGACGAAAUGCAGAACAAGCUGGAGGAGUUGCAGAAGCAGAUGGCUUGGGCUUUGGUGGCCGAGGUGGAGAAGGAGCUGGAGCCGAUGAAGGAGAAGCUGCAGGCUGACAGACACUCCACGGAGAAAUACGACGAGAAGGUGGACGAAUGGAAGAAUAAGGUCGAGGAAGCUGAAAAGAAGCACAAGCAAAUCCAGGAACAGUUGGAAGGGAUCACCCAGAAAGUCCAGGAGCUUCAGCCUAAAUGUGUGGAGCUCAAGGCUGAGGCCCAGAGACGGAACACCCUUCUCAAGUCCACCGAGAUCACCGUCCACAGAUGCAAAGCUAACCUGAGAGAUCUGGAAAAGGACAAAGUUCAGCUGUCAUCUAGGAUAAAAGAUCUCAAGCUGAGCAUCAGUCAGACAACAGGAGCAGAGAGCCAGGCCAGGGCAGCCCGGGUGCAGCAGAUCCAGGAGGGGCUAGAAAGCCUUAAUCAUCAAGUCUCCACUCUGGGCCAGCAGAUUGACCAGUACCAGCACGCCAGCAACCGUGCCAGAGACGAGCAAGGAAAGAUCAAGAGAGAGCACAAUGGACUGCAGAGAUCCAUUGAAGCCAACAGAAGGAACCUGCAGACUCUGGAGAGCAGUCGCUCCAAUCGACUGCGCCGUUUUGGAGAGCACAUGCCUGCAUUGCUCAGUGCCAUCCAGGAAGCUUACAGGAGGGGCCAGUUCAAGCACAAACCCCGAGGACCUCUCGGUUACCUUAUUAGCCUGAAGGACCCAGAGCUGGCCUUGGCUGUAGAAGUAUGUCUUAAAGGCCAGCUGCAGGCCUUCACUUGUGACAACCACGAAGACGAGAGAGUGCUGCAAGGCCUGAUGGCCAAAAUGUUCCCAGGAAGUCGCAGACCUGCCAUCAUUACAAGCCGUUUCCUCCCACAUGUCCAUGAUACAACAAAGAAGGCUGUGAAUCACCCGGAAUACCCCUCCGUUCUUCAAGCUCUAGAAAUUGAAGACCCAGUUGUGGCCAACUGCCUGAUUGAUCAACGGGGUAUAGAGAGUGUUCUGCUCAUCAAGAACCGUGCAGAAGCUCGGAGAGUGAUGCAGGGCAGCAAUCCUCCCGCCAACUGCACCCAGGCCUUCUCUAAGGACGGGGAUCAGAUUUACAGAAACCGUAACUACACUGCUGAGCAGACCAGAGCCAACUACCUCUCAGGAGAUGUGGAGGAGGAGAUCAGACACUUGCAGAGGGAGGUGGAGAACCAGGAGGCUCAGGCCACUCGCUUCCUGCAGCAUAUGAAGAGGUUGGAUGAAGACAUCAAGCAAAAUGAAGGCCUGCUGAGAAAAGCCCACAUGGAGCAAAAGACGACUAAAGACAAAGCCACGAAGCUACAGCUGGAGCUGAUAGACGUACAGAACGUGGAAGAGCCUCAGUCGGAGGACCUCAGGCCCCUGGAGGAGGAUCUUCAGGAGAUUGUUGCUAAGAUCGCAUCCAAGCGCGCUGAGUGUGACGAGGCACGGACCCAGAUGGCUGAGCUCAAGGCUUCGUACGAAAAGGCAGAGCAGGAAUACAAGCAGCACAAAGAGCACAUCAACACCAUCGCUGAGGAGGCUGAUUCAGUGAAGGAGGACCUGGGUAAAACUGAUCAGGAGGUUAUCAAGUCCAAACAUCACAAGAGGCACUAUGAUGAGAAACGCAACGCUCAUCUGGCCAACAUCAGGACUCUGGAGGCCAACAUGAAAAGCAAAGAGCAGGAACUGGAGACGUCUGUGGCCAAAGCAGCAGAGAUCUGUCCAGAGCGCCUGGCAGUUCGUCGCACAGCCAGGAGUCUGGACAGCGAGAUCAACCGUCUGAAGGCUAAGAUCAGCACCCAGCAGGAGCAGCAGGGGGACCGUGAGGAGGUGGUGAGGCAGUACCACGAGGCUCUGGAGAACUACAAGAACAUGGCACAGCAAAUGAAGAACCUCAACAGCUUCAUCAAAAGCCUGGACAGCGUUAUGAACCACAGACUCAAGACUUACGCUGAUCUCAGAAGGUUUCUUUCGGCCCGUUGUAAAUACUACUUCGACAGCAUGCUGGCCCAGAGAGGCUACAGUGGAAGUAUGACGUUCGACCACAAGAAUGAGACCCUGUCCAUCUCUGUGCAGCCUGGCCAAGGAAACAAGGCCGACUUGAGCGACAUGCGCUGCCUGUCGGGAGGCGAGCGCUCCUUCUCCACCGUCUGUUUCGUUCUCUCUCUUUGGGCGAUCACAGAGGCGCCUUUCCGCUGCCUUGACGAGUUCGAUGUUUACAUGGACAUGGUGAACAGGAGGAUAUCCAUGGACAUGAUGCUGAAGGUGGCAGCCAGUCAGCGCUACAGACAGUUCAUUUUCCUCACUCCACAGAGCAUGAGUUCACUUCCAGAGAGCAAAAUCAUCCGCAUCCUCCGUCUCAAAGAUCCCGACCGCGGCCAAGACAACUCGCAAAGAAGUCAAGACCAGGAUCAGUAGUUGUUGUAGCUGAGUAACAUGACGCAUCAAAGUCACGCUGCAACACACUGACGCCUGUUUUCUGUUGAACCGUGUCCAUAGAGUUGGGACACUCGGUGGUGUUCAGGUGGGCUUCAGCUGUGAGGACAUUUUCCAGGGUACUUCUCGGCCUCACCAGUAGACAAGGGGCAGAACUAUUUCCUGUAAAGCUUUCUGUCACUGUCAACAAAAGAGUUUUGUUUCCUGCUUCGUUUUAAACUCUACUGUCAGUUGUUAUAAGCAGGUUUAAGUGCUCUACUAACGAGGCAGUAUGUUCAAUGUUUUUCACUGUAAUAUUGAUAAGAGUGACAAAUAAAAUGUUGUUUAUACGAUUACAUUAAAGGUUCCUCUUGGUAAAUAAACGACAGACGGGUAAAGUA